AUGGUGUUGAAUAAGAAGAACGAGUCUGAAGGUGGCGUGAAGACGUCAGACUUUAUGUUGGUCUGUCCUAAUGGUGGUUUAGCACCAGUGGAGGAAUGGUCCAAAUGCAAUCUAGGAUUAGAACCACCUCGCAUUAUUUUAAGCUCUGCUGGAAAAACAGUACAUGCUUUGGACGAAUUGAAACACGGUGUUUUGGCAGCCAGUACGAUUUACUCCAAAAAACCAGAUCUCUUACAACUAUUUGGUAGCUGGGGUGGACAUGCCAACGUAUUGUUCAAAGACGAUGCAACAAAUCUUAUCUCAGUCGACAAUUCAUGGACCCAAUGGAACACGUGGGCUACGACAAAAGCGAGUUACAAAGUCGAAGCUUAAGAGGUUUAAGGAAUCCGUUGCUUCUUCGCUAUCAUGUCAAUAAUCCUUGUAAAUAAAUGCAAUCCCUGUUAAGUGGUUGUAAAUGAUCGAUGAGAGCCAUUAUAUACAUAUAUAAACAUAAAGUGUCUGCUGAUUUAAUUAUUUCAAGAAUGAUUGUAAAUAAAUUGGCAAAAGUUAGAAAAGUGAUACAAACCAAAGUGAUAACGUACAUACCAAUCGAAUAUUAAAACGUGCUUGUAUAACAUUCAAGUGAUAAUAUGUGUAUGUCGAAAAUUGUCAUCUUAUACCCGAUAGAAAUCAAAUUUUUCGAAAACAAACUAACCUCUAUUUGUUGGACAAAUCAUAGUAAUCUCUUAAUCUGCGAAGAAUUUUCCAAAGUUUGCUUAAUAAGCUCCGAUGGUAGCAAUCGAAACGUUUUCAUAGAAGGAGAUUCAAACUCUACGACGUAUGAUGAUUGUUAUCCUUUCGUUAUUGCUUUUAAAAAUGGAUUGUUUCUCUUUAAUACACGAAUAAAUGAAUCCACAGUA